AAGCAUGUAGUCAGUCAAAAUGUUACAUUCAUGGAGGUGGAUUUGUAUUUUCAUGGAAAUGUAGACAGAGAGACGGCCGAAUGCAGGCUUAUGCUAUACAGCAGUAGUGAUGGUACUUACCUUAUCAGAUCAAAGGACGAGGAGAACUAUGUUAUAAGUGUAUACUUUAGAAGACAGAUAGCACACUAUCUGAUAAACAAACAGGAUGAUGGUACGAUAGUGUGGGAUUCCAACCAUGUGUAUGAAAGUUUGGAGAACAUGAUUUAUCAGCACAGUAUUGAACCCGAGGGCAUGGUAACACUGCUCACAGAUGGGUGUCCUGUCCGGUACUUCAUUGUGCAGGACUCACUCUUUCCUGGGCAUCAGUGUGCUGGACUCUGCUGGUUUCACGGGAGACUAGCUAAAGAACAGAUAUCGCUGAGACUUGCAAUUACUGACCCAGUAACAGGCUCUUUCUUGGUGACCAACAGUCAGUCCACUGAAGCUAUAUACAUCCUUAACAUCUGGAAUAACAAUAAAUUGGUGCAGUACAGUGUGCUAGAGAAAGAUAACGAACUGUGUAUCACACUGAACAGAAGAUUCCGUAAUCUUCUCAGUCUUAUCGAACAUUACUUGACUGACGAUUCUCUCGGAACGAAGCUAAUACAACCCUGUUGUGUAACGGUGUGGCACCAGCGUGGUCACCUCUCUCACCCCCCUCAAAUAUUACCACCUCACUUCUGUUCAAGUGACGUGGAGGCUUCCCUGUCUGACGGGAGUAUUGGUGAGACGCGCAAUGUGGUGCAGCGCACGCCCCAGCGCACUCAGCGCAAGGUGGCCAUCCGGGGUGCUCGCAGGAAGGCAGCUAAUCUAAAUGUGGUUUUAAACCUGUCGAACCUAUCCUUAUCAGAUAACGAUUCUCCGCACUGUGGUGAAACAGACAUGGCCCUGGGCUUCUAUAACAUGACGUAUAGUAGUGAUGAGGAGAAGAAACCUAAGAAAAGUAACAAGGAUGAUACAGGUAUAACACUGGAGUUGCACAAUACUCUAUCGAGAAAAGGUAGUCACAGGAUUAAACGUAAAUCUAUGGAGAAAUCACAACGAAAACUACAGAAAAUAAGGGCUACACAGCCCCAAGUUCAGAGCUCCUCUUCAGAUGAACUUGUUCUGGAUGGCCCCUCCUCUCGCGAUCAAGCGCAAACUAAACUUAAACGCAGGAAUGCUAAAGAAAAGAGAAAAAACAAAAAGCACUUUUUAAAGCAAUCAGAAGUUGACGACUUGAAAUCUUCUUCUGCGCGUCUCAGUUUAGACUUGAACAGUAUUCUCUGCAGUGAAUUACUAGGUGGUGGUGUAAGCAGUAAAGUGUACAAAGGAACAUUACACCACGCACCAGUUGCCAUUAAGAAGGUUAACAGAGGAUCCAGCAAGUGGCAGCACGAACCUGCAGCUAUUGAACAUGAUAACAUUCUGCGGCUUAUAGGUUACGGUAAGGACCAUAUGGUGGUUACUGAGCUUUGUGAAAUUGGAUCGCUAGAUACAUACCUCCUUGAAAAUGACCGCAAGGUCACCUCUCCCCUGAACGUGUUAUCCUGGCUGCGUGACAUCAGUAACGCGCUCCUCCACCUAGAACAGCUUAAUAUACCACUGCGCGCCCUCUCCUGUCGCAACAUCCUCCUCAACUCCGCGCACUGCGCUAAACUCUCUCUCUUCUCCACCACCAGGCUUCUUAACGACCAGGGAAAGAAAAAAGAAGCUUGUAUAUGUAUUUAUCCUACCCAAGAAACCCACAAGAUCAGAUGGUAUCCUACAGACAACAAAACGUGUUUAACUUGGAGUUUUGGUAUCACACUUCUUGAAGCUAUACACUACGCUCACUUUAAAUACAAACAUUUAUUGGAUAUCAAGUAUAACAAUGGUAUGCCGAUAAUCACAUUCCAGCCCCAUGUACCUAUAGCAGUCAGGAACCUCAUCAAGUCCUGUAUCAGACAAAGGCCCUCGGAUCGGCCAAGCUUAAAAGUAGUCGUGACAAGUUAGGAGUUAUCCUUGACAUUAUCAUUAAAGCGUACAAUUGGAAAAUCAAAGAUCCAGCUUCUCUUAUGAAAAUGCUGAACUUGGACAGUAAAGCUCAAUGAGAUUAUUGUUAAUUAAUCAGUUUAACAAUUAGUUGAUAAUUGGUUAAUUGGAUAAUUGAUUGAUUGGUUUACAGUAUUUUUGCAUAUUAUGAUGAGUGAGGUUCACUGUUACGAUUAACUUAGUUUUGUACAAUUUUCGUCGUUAUUUAUUUAAGUAAUUCAGAAGAGAUCCCGGGGAAUAUGUGCCCGUCCUUACGUUUUAACCAAAUUAAGUAGUUCGAUUAUUACCUUUUAAAAGUACAUUGACUCAGGUUUAUUUUUAUAAUAUUGAUAGAAAUACCUUCUUCUUUCUAUUUUACCUACUUUGAUACAUCGAGAAUCAUUGAUAUAAAUUUCGUUUUUGGUAUGCUUGCCGAUGUUGAUUUUUAUCAUUUUGAUAACCAAGUAGAUUGAAUUAACAGAGAUUAAGUGUGGUAUAGGUGAUUGGAUAGAAGAUUUUUGCUUGAUAUACCACGAUAAAUUUUUAAAUAUUAUCAUGAACCUUAUUUGCCAAGAUGAUUUUUCAAGAUGGUGGAAAAUAUUGAUUUUUUGCGAAGAUGUUAUGGUAUAUUUGAAUACUAUUAGAUAUAUACCGUAAAUUGGGGUAAAAUCGCCGUGUCGGGAAACUUCGCCACUAUUUUUCAAAUAAUCAUUUUACUGUUUUGAAUUGUUAGGAGAUCGAGUUUUUGUAUAGUAUUGUGUUGAACAAAUGGUUAUAAAGGUAUUCAUAUUCAAAAAUAAACGUUUACUAUGUUAAUUAAACUCAGGCAACAUGAAAUAUUGCUAUAAAGUGGCUAAAAUUUCCUGCUUGCAUAUUUCCCAUAUUUUACAAUUAUAUCCUUAAUUAAUUCUGUGUGACAUCAUUAGCAUAUGUCCUGUUCAUUUAAGGGCAAAUUUAGUUAGCCAUGAUGCACACAAUUACUGAUAUUAUAAAGUUUUCAAAUUUGUGUGUGGCGAAGUUACCCUCUUCUGAUCCCAUCUGUUCGGCGAAGUUUGGCGCGAAAUUCGCGCGCGGCUGGCAAAGUCACGCACGUGUAUUGGCGAAGUUCGACUACAUUUCUACUUCAUCCCGGCGAUGUUACCCGCAGCAUGGCGAUGUUACCCCGGCGACCAAAUUGCCCAUUGUAACACGCAGGCUAGAGCUAGAUAAGUAAAAUUGGCAGGUAUACCAAGGAAAUAUAAUUGAGUUUCGAGUGGUAUGGUGCUUAGCACCGAAUAUGGUAUAGUUUCAGAAUGGCGAAGUUACCCCAUAUUGCAGGGUAACUUCGCCCUGAUUUCAGUGGCACCAAUCUAGCUGACUAUUUAUGCCUGGCUGAUGUGGUUCAUACGAAAACAUUUGCUUUACCAAUCCUGUUCAUAUGAGCUAUAAACUUUUUCAAGUACUCGUGUCGUAUUUUCUAAAUAACAUGAAAUAGCUGUAAAACAUGGCGAAGUUCCCCCAUUCUACGGUAAUCUAAUGGUAAAUUGUUGGAUUGGAAUUUAUGGCGCUGUUCCUAUGUCGCUGUGUUAAAUGUAGCCAAAUUCUCAGAAAUAUUUCGUUUCAAC